CGCCCACGCAAGGAGGCCGAACGCAGAAUCACAUGCCGCAGGUUGCAAACCCGCCUCCUCGCCUGGCAGGAUGUAAGGAGGGCGCGUACAAUCAAUGACCUGCGAGCUGGGAGCCAGAAAGCAGCAGCUGCCUUCUUCCAAUUUCUGCCUCACACUAUGGCAGCUCUUCUGAAGAGCCUGCUUGCUGCCUCAGAGAAAGCUGCCAACAUUGCCCAGCUGUGUCGCCAGGAGAAGGCACUCUUCAGCUUGCUCAUUGAGGAGAAGAGGGGCGCAGACAAGAACAAAAAGUUCCUACAGGAUUUCAAGACUUUGGCAGAUGUGCUGAUCCAAGAGGUCAUCAAGCAUGAUGUGGGGAAGGAGUUUCCGGAGUUACAAGGUUAUAUUCGUGGUGAGGAGUCCAACAAGUUUGAAAAUGGCCUUGGAGAGACUGUGGUGGUGCAGGUAUGUCCCACCCAACCAGAAACAGCUGCACUGCUGCAGAAAGUCCUGGAUCGGAACCAGACAGCUGCAGAUCUGCUGGCAGCGGCUGUUCACCAGGAGAUGGCGCUUUCUGACCCAGCAUUGGGUGAUGUGACUGUGACAAUUUCCACUGAGAACAUGGCUGUAUGGAUUGACCCCAUAGAUUCCACUAAUCAGUACAUCCGUGGCCGUGGAGAUGUGGUGCCUGUGGAUGGCAUCUACCCAUCAGGACUACACUCAGCAUUGGUGCUAAUAGGGGUAUACAACCGGCACUCAGGUGAACCUGUUCUCGGCAUCAUUAAUGAGCCAUUUUUCCAGGAACAGCUGCCAGAGCAUAGGUGGCAGAGUAGAUAUCACUGGGGCAUCUCCUAUGGAAACACCAACCUGAGCUCACUAAGCCGGCCCCUGCCUCAGUCUCCCCCUCAUGUGGUGCUGAGCAGCAGUGAGAAAGUGGUGCUGCAGAAGGCCCUGGUACCCCUGUAUGGUGAGCAGUUCUGCUUUGCCUCAGGUGCUGGAUAUAAGAUGCUGUGUGUGGCCCUGGGCUUUGCAGAUGCCUAUGUGCUUUCCGAAGGCAGCACCUUCAAGUGGGAUUCAUGUGGUCCCCAUGCUAUCCUUCGGGCCCUUGGUGGAGGCAUUGUUGAUUUUGCAGGGGCAUUGCGUGCCUGGCGUGCUGGCCAAUGUGACCUGCCUGAACUGACCUACAACAAGCCAGAAGAGGGUGCCAUGGGUGCCGAUCGAUGGGCCAACCAUGGUGGUAUCAUAGCCUAUAUGUACCAUGACCAUCUUGAGGCUGUCAUGGACACCCUGGCGGCUGCAAUUGACGUUGUUUAAGUUCCUCCUCUAUAUGGGUGUGGCUUGACUACGAUGGUCACAUCUACAUGAGGAGAAGAAGCCAGACUGCUGGUCAGGGACUAUAUGACUUGGAAUUACUGCUGAACUGUGGGACUGAUCAGUUAGGAUGGAUUGAACCUGCCAGCAUGGGGCUUGGUUGGAUAGAAUGUUGUGACUUUCAACUUAGGCAAUCCUUUGGCCUUUCAAUGCUGAGUCAACAAAGGUUUGACUUCCAGCACAGUGCAGAUGAGAGAAAUUCCCCCAUCCUUGUUCGUAUUUUGCCCUCCUACAUGAGUAAUAUGUAUUAUGGGUAAUGUAGUAAACAUGUCUUGAGGCUGGGGUUGCCAACUGCCUGGAGAAAAAAAUGUCCUGUCUCUGUAACAGAAGCUUAAUGGUAUGUUACAUGACAGAUGAUGAUGUUUACCUCCAUGCCAUGAAAAGGUUAAGGUGCCCAUUUCUACAUAUUAAGCCUCUGUUAAGCAUUUUUUCUCCAGGUCUGCUGGCAAUCCUGCCUUAGACCCUUCAGUUUCUUCCACUAUAUUACUCGUAGCCUUCCCUGUCUCUAACAUCCUAUAUGGAGGACUAUGUCUCUCACCUCAAACAGUUCGCUGCACAGACACAUUUUCUGUGGUGCAUCUGCUCACUUCUUCUGAUAUUGGGUCUGGACUAUUGGGUUGAGAAUCAGUUUGGUGUAAUGGUUAAGAGUGUAGACUCUAAUCUGGGAGAACUGGGUUUGAUUCCUCACUCUUCCACAUGCAGCUGCUGGUGUGACCUUGGGUCAGUCACAAGUUCUGUCAGAGCUGUUCUUGAAAGAGCAGUUUCUGUCAGCUCUCUGAGCCCUGCCUACCUCAUCAGGUGUCUGUUGUGGGGAGGGGAAGGGAAAGGAAAUUGUAAAACACUCUGAAACUCCAAGUGAAUGGCAGACUAUAAAUCCAAUCUCUUCUCUUCUUGUAUGUGAGGGACUAGAAAAUGCAAGACCCUCUUCAGUGAGGCUUGGAUCCAACACAGCAUUCCCACCGUUUAAACAGUUUUUGCCUAUGCAGCAUAACUUUCUUGCUUCUGUCCUUUCAUGGCAGAUUACAACUUCCUCAUUAAGUGCCACUUCUUGGGAGCAGAUGACUCCCAGAAAGAGAACAUGGGGCUGUAGUGGGAAGCAAGAUAGUCAUUUUCCAAGGGAAGAAACUGUUCCCUUGGAUUCAAAGCCUAGGGUUGUAAUUAGGGUUGCCAGCUUAUGAUUAGUGACUGACAGGAGAUUGAUGAAUGGGUGGGGAGGGUCUCACCAAUCAUGAAGUGACAUUGUCACAACACCAAUUACCUCUCGCUCCCCCUUUUUCCUCCAGCUGCCCAGUUGAACAGCACAAGAGGGACUGAUGGGGAAAGUCUCCCACAGGAGGGACUAGUUGGGAGGAAGCAGGUCUGUAUUUAAAAUGGCUUUCUAGCUCUCACAGAAAUACAAUUGAAAGCAUGCAGAUGACAACAACAUAAUCUAGAGAGAGGAGGAAGGGAAUAUGGCCAUAAUCCUUUUUAUUGCCUUAGUGCUACCUAUAUCUCUGAUAUUACUGGGGGUGGGAUUUAAUCACAGAUUUUACCAAAAAGACACAAAUACUUGCAUCAGAAUAAGAAAAUUUCAGGUCUGCUUUAUGCAAAGAACAUUACAAUGAACAAAAUAUACUCCAGGUGCAAAAUGUAAGUUUUUGGCACAGCAUGUGCAUUUUUUUCCCAUUUUCUAUGGUAACAAUUAUGAUUGUCACAAUCAGUUUUUUAACAGAAAAAUCUGUAUGUGAUUAAAUUGCAUAGAAUAUUCUCAGAUUUUUAAAAUCUGUAUAUCUGGACUUUUAAAUGCAGUAUAAUGUUCCAGUAAUUAAUAAACACCUGUACUUUU